AGGCUGAGUAUAAAAGGGGGAGCAAAGAAGGAGGAGGCAUGUUUUUUUGUCUGAGGGGUUGCAGGGAAAGCAGAGCUCAGCAGAGGCAAAGCAACAUUUUAAACAAAGGACUGGGGCGGGAAGGAGGCGCCGGAGGAAUGUGGAUGCGCCUCUUGCUCCUCACUCUCUGCCUGCUCCAUGGGGGCGGUGCAGAGAGUGAGGGGGGCGGGCCACGCUGUCAGGCCCCACCGACCUGGAUGAUCGGGGAGGUGGAGCCGAUGGCGGGCUCAAAGGGCCAAGUAACAGUGGUGGCCCUGUUGAAAGCCAGCUGACUGUUCUGCUUGGCGCAGGCCUCCAGACUUGAUGGCCUGCGCCUGAAACUGGAGAGCCAGGGCCUGAGGGAUGUGGUUUUCAUGGUCAUCAACCACCAGGGGGAGCACGCGCAGCGGCUCCACCCCGUGCUGGCUCAGAGGCUUCCAGAUAGCAUCUCACUGUACAAACAGAGUGAACAACAGCCUGAUGUUUGGACGGCUCUGAAUGGAAAGAAAGAUGACUUCAUUAUCUACGACAGGUGCGGCCGUCUCACCCACCAUAUCUCCCUUCCAUAUUCUGUCAUUGGACAUGGCCACAUCGAGAGCGCAAUCAAAGAGGCCUACUGCAAUCGCAUGUGUGGAGACUGUUCCUAUGAGACCGCUGAGAGUCCAGAGGAGUGCAAAGCAAAACCAAACGCGCAGCCUGACGCAAUUGCUCCCCCAGCUGUAGGAGAUAACACGCAACACGAUCACAGUCGCCAUCAUGGUCAUGGUCAUCAGGGUCAGCACGGUCACGGUCAUGUUUUCCAUCCGCGCGGCUUUGGCCACAACCAUGGUCAUCACCGUGGCAACCACAAUGGUGAUGCCAGCGGUCCUGACAUGGAACAGAGCCAGCAAGGGGUUAGGCCAGAGCAUCAUGGUCACGCUCAGGGUCAGCAUCACUUAGACUCAGUUCAGCUGCAGCGUCCAGUGGACACACAGCAGUUCUCCCAGGAGGUCCUGGCGUUCCCCGUUAGGCCGUGAGCGGCAGACAACGUCAGGUGAAAGUCAAAGUUCACCUGACAGGGAGCAGCAGGCUGCGACAACGAAGCCGCUCCCAAGGCCAGCUGAUGCUGACACUGACGCAGGAUGUUUGGCGAGGCGGGAGACGAGCAGGCGCUCGGGCUCUGACACUGCGAGGGGGCGCUGCCCGCCUCCUGACAGUGACAGGGCCUCACGAGCGAGGCGGCCGCCGCUGUCAAGGAGACCUGACAGUGACGCGUGCCUCCCGCUGCCUGACAGCAGCCUCAGCCGGCCCAGUGA